AUGGCUCGCGGCGCUGCUUUCCUCGGUCUGGCCUCGCUCCUCCUCGGAGCGGCCAACGGCCAGCUGCCCGGUGAGGGCGAGGAGGUCCACCCCAAGAUCACCACCUACCGCUGCACCAAGGCGGGCGGGUGCACGGAGAAGACCAACUACAUCGUCCUGGACUCGCUCUCCCACCCCGUCCACCAGGCCACCAACGAGCACGGCUGCGGCGAGUGGGGCCAGAAGCCCAACGCCACCGCCUGCCCGGACCAGGAGUCGUGCGCCAAGAACUGCAUCAUGGAGCCCGUCGACGACUACAGCCAGUACGGUGUGACCACCGACGGCACCAACCUCCGCCUCCAGCAGCUGCUCGACGGCAAGCUCGUCACCCCUCGCGUCUACCUCCUCGACGAGGCCAAGAAGAACUACGAGAUGCUCUCGCUCACCGGCAACGAGUUCACCUUUGACGUGGACUCGACCAAGCUGCCCUGCGGCAUGAACAGCGCCCUCUACCUCUCUGAGAUGAAGGCCGAUGGCGCCCAGAGCGACCUCAACCCCGGCGGCGCCUACUUCGGCACCGGGUACUGCGAUGCGCAGUGCUACAUCACGCCCUUCAUCAACGGCAUCGGCAACGUCGACGGCAAGGGCGCGUGCUGCAACGAGAUGGACAUCUGGGAGGCCAACAAGCGGGCCAACCACAUCGCCCCCCACCCUUGCAACAAGAAGGGCCCCUACCUGUGCGAGGGCGUCGACUGCGAGGAGGAGGGGGUGUGCGACAAGGCCGGGUGCGCGUGGAACCCGUACCGGGUCAACGUGACGGACUACUACGGCGCCAGCGACGCCUUCAAGGUCGACUCGUCGCGGCCCUUCACCGUGGUGACGCAGUUCCCCGCCAACCGCAAGGGCAAGCUCGAGGCCAUCCACCGCCUCUACGUCCAGGACGGCCGCGUCAUCGAGUCGUACGUCGUCGACGCCCCCGGCCUGCCCUCCACCGACAGCAUGACCGACGAGUUCUGCGAGGCCACCGGCUCCGACGGCUUCAUGCGCCUCGGCGCCAUGCAGGGCAUGGGCGAGGCUCUCACCCGCGGCAUGGUUCUCGCGCUCAGCAUCUGGUGGGACGAGGGCGGCAACAUGAACUGGCUCGACGCUGGUGAGGCCGGCCCCUGCUCCCUGGACGAGGGCAACCCCUCCAACAUUGUCAAGGUCGAGCCCGAGCCGGAGGUCACCUUCAGCAACAUGCGCUGGGGUGAGAUUGACUCCACCUACGAGACUGAGUCGUCCGAGGGCAAGGGCAAGGGCAAGAACGGCGGCGGCAAGGGCAAGGGCAAGUCGUGCUCCCAGUAA